AUGUCAAUCUUCUAUAACUCCACCUCUCCUACUUUUCUCUUGACUGGUGUCCCUGGUUUGGAAUGGGCUCAUCCCUGGAUCUCCAUCCCCUUCUGCUGCCUCUAUUUAACUGCACUAUCUGGGAAUUCUUUGAUCCUGUUCGUAGUCCUUACUGAACCAACUCUCCAAGAGCCCAUGUACUAUUUCCUCUCUAUGUUGUCCACCACUGACAUUGGUCUCUGCAUUUCUACAAUCGUGACAGUGCUGGGAAUAUUCUGGCUCAAUGCCCGGGAGAUCAGCUUCAGCGCCUGCUUGUCACAGAUGUUCUUCAUCCACCUCUUCACAUUCAUGGAAUCGUCAGUACUCCUGGCUAUGGCCUUUGAUCGUUUUAUAGCCAUCUCAAACCCCUUGAGAUAUGCUGCCAUUCUAACUCACGCAAGGAUUGCACAAAUUGGUCUGGCAGUCAUUACUAGAGCGACUGUCAUUUUGACCCCACUAGUCCUGCUCCUUAAGCGCCUAUCAUUCUGCCGUAGCCAUGUGCUCCAUCACUCCUAUUGCUUCCAUCCUGAUGUGAUGAAGCUCUCAUGCUCAGACACAAAGAUCAACAGUGCUUUUGGACUAACUGCAAUUAUCUCUACUGCUGGAGUGGACUCUAUCUUUAUCCUGCUCUCCUAUGUCCUGAUCAUCCGCUCUGUUCUCAGCAUCGCGUCCCCUGGGGAGAGAAAGAAGGCUUUCGGCACCUGCAUUUCUCAUAUCACUGCCGUGGCCAUCUUCUACAUCCCCUUGAUCAGUCUGUCCUUUGUCCACAGGUUUGGAAAACACGCCCCGCCUUAUGUGCCCACGCUCAUUGCAAAUGUGUACCUGCUCAUCCCCCCUGUGAUGAACCCCAUCAUCUACAGUGUGAAAACCAAGCAGAUCCAGAGAGCUAUUCUGAGACUUAUAUAUUGUAAAGGACCUCAUGUUUGA